GGACACCUAUAAGCAGUAUAGCCUGGCCUUUGUUAAUGAGAAGUCCUUUUCCCGUCCCUGUAAAGUUCUGUAAGUUAUUUGUGAAUGGUGUGAUGUAAAAUGUUUAGGUGUAGUAAAACUACUAACUGAUAUAUUAUAACCUAACGAUGAUUGUUUCUAACUCUUCUACUAAGUCCCAUACUUUGCCAUUGUAUUAAAAAACACAAUUUAACAUAUCAUGUGUUUUUAGUUUUACAAAUUCAUCAACAAUUUUAAUGUGAACACUGCAUCUUUGCAUCGACGUGUCAUUUGUAUAUGGCGACAUAUUCUCCAUUGUUUGAUGUGUGUGACAUAGCUUUUGUAUGGUGAUAUAUUUCUCAAUAGAUAUGGCAGCUUUUGUAUAUAGCGACAUAUUUCUCCAUAGAUAUGACAUAGCUGUUGUAUAUGACAACAUAUUUCUCCAUAGAUAUGACAUAGCUGUUGUAUAUGGCGACAUAUUUCUCCAUAGAUAUGACAUAGCUUUUGUAUAUAGCGACAUAUUUCUCCAUAGAUAUGACAUAGCUGUUGUAUAUGACAACAUAUUUCUCCAUAGAUAUGACAUAGCUGUUGUAUAUGGCGACAUAUUUCUCCAUAGAUAUGACAUAGCUGUUGUAUAUGACAACAUAUUUCUCCAUAGAUAUGACAUAGCUGUUGUAUAUGACAACAUAUUUCUCCAUAGAUAUGACAUAGCUGUUGUAUAUGACAACAUAUUGUUUGAUAUGUCACAGCUUUAAGAUUUGUAUAUGAGGCGACAUAUUUCUCAAUCGAUAUGACAUAGCUUAAUUUUGUAUAUGGUGAUAGAUUUUUUUCAUAAUUUGUAAUGACAUAGCAUUAUAGAUCAUUCAGCUUAAAUGACAGUUUAUUAAUUACUAGGUGUCUGUUAGAUUUAAUGCUUAAAACAAUCCUUAAAUCCAUCCUUAAAAAAUGUAGUUUAUUACUGUAAAUAAAUACUCAAGGAAAAUUUUAAAAAUGUUGUAAAUCAUUUCUAUUGUUUUUCUCUCCAAAAUUGCAUAUUCUUUGGACAUAUGUACUUUUUACAUAUCACAUCAUAUCUUUCAUGAUUAAAUCAUUUUGUGCUGAUCUGAGAAACUCUUUCUUGGUGUAGUGAGCCACCUUAACUGAUUAUAGCUAGAUUUCACUGUCAUUCUUCAGUGUCAAUAUACUUACAGUGGCCACAUGUAGCAUUAGCCAUCAUGAAUCACUCAGUUAAUUAAUUUGAUUAAUAGAAAUGGUGUAGGAAGACAUUGAAGUCCUUUAUCAUAUAAUUUAUGUUUUAGUAUUUGUGCUCUUUAAGACAUUAUUAUGAUAGUAUAUUAGAAGCUAUAACUUGUAAUACGUAUUUGAAAUGUAUGACUAUACAUGGCCAUGCAGAACAACCUGUAAUCAUGCACCAUUAUCGAUGGCCGAUUUAGUAAACUCAGUCAGCUUUGUGAUAUUUUUAUUAUUUGUACUAUGUAUACUCGCUUCUCACUGUGUUGUGCGUCCCAUUGUAUUGGGAUAUUUUCAUUAUUUGACAAUGUACUAUGUAUGUAUUAAAUUUUUCAAACUGCUCUCUUUUACAAAAUAAACAAAGUGACUUGAAAUUGAAAAUUCUUUAUCUGCUAUUACAAUUAAAUGAGCUAAUUUUGUGAUGCAUGGACAUAUUUCAGCGAGACUCUGUUGCCCAGCAAUCAUGGACAUGAAGGAUCCGAUUACGAAAGCCCAUCAGACUCCAGCAGUCUCACAACUCAGGGGGAACUCAAGUUUCGCUACUUCGACCAUCAGCAUGUUCGGUAUAUCUGGGACAGAGGGGGCCAUUUGUUCUCAAAACUCAAGGAUCUGUCGGAAGGAACCAAAUGUGUAAUGAUUCAGGAGAGCUUCCACGGUCUUACAGCAAAAGAACAAAGACAAAAACAAGUUGUUUAUGGUGAAAAUACUAUUGAGGUAGAAGUGAAGUCAUAUUGGAGACUUUUUAUUGAAGAGGUGAUGAACCCGUUCUACGUGUUCCAGAUAGCCAGCAUCACACUGUGGCUGUGUGACCAGUACUACUACUACGCAGCCUGUAUUCUAUUUAUAUCUCUUGUGUCGGUUGGAAUUUCAUUGUAUGAAACCAAAAGGCAAAGCGUAGUUCUACAUGACAUGGUGACCACAAAAGCACAGACCAUCGGAGUUUGUCGUGGGGAGGAAAUUUACGAGGAAGUACCCACAGGGAACCUCGUCCCUGGCGACGUCAUCACCAUCCCUCAACAUGGCUGUGUAAUGACCUGUGAUGCCGUCCUCAUCACAGGCACCUGUAUUGUUAACGAGAGUAUGCUGACAGGUGAAAGCGUUCCGGUGACCAAGACUCCCCUGACCCCCCAGGAAGACGAGGAGGUCUUCUCCCCUGAUGUUCACAAGAGGCACACACUCUUCUCGGGCACUCACAUCCUGCAGACCAGGUUCUAUGGUAACUCAAAGGUCAAGGCAGUCGUAGUUCGCACAGGCUUUAGAACAGCCAAGGGAGAAUUAGUACGUGCUAUCUUGUUUCCCAAACCUUUGGACUUUAAGUUCUAUCGAGAUGCCAUGAAGUUUAUCCUCUUCCUGGGCUGUAUGGCUGCUCUAGGAAUGACCUACAGCAUCAUAGUCUACGUCAAACAGGGGGUUUAUCCAAUGAGGAUUUUGGUGAGAGUCCUGGAUAUCAUCACUAUCAUUGUUCCUCCAGCGUUACCUGCUGCCAUGACAGUGGGCACUGUGUUUGCCCAGAGUCGACUGAAGAAGAAAGGCAUUUACUGCAUCAGUCCUCCGCGGAUCAACUUCUGUGGGCGGCUGGACGUCUUCUGCUUUGAUAAAACUGGUACGCUGACUGAGGAUGGAUUAGAUAUGUGGGGAGUUCUGCCUAUUGAAGAUCAAGGGUUUUGUGGUGCUGUUGAGGAUCCCAGCAGGUUAGAAGUGGGGCCUUUUAUCACCUGCAUGGCGACCUGUCACUCUCUGACCAUGAUUGAUGGGGAACUUUCUGGGGAUCCGCUGGACCUUAUCAUGUUUAACUCCACGAAAUGGGUUUUGGAUGAACCCGGCAGGGACACCAGUAAAUUUGACACCAUCAUGCCUACUGUUGUCAGACCCUGCACCAAGGACACCUUCAGUUCUCCAGAGAACCCGUUUGAAGUUGGCAUCAUUAGACAGUUCACAUUUUCCUCAUCAGUUCAGAGAAUGAGCGUCAUCACACGGACACUGAGUGAGGAUGGAAUGGAGGUUUACUGCAAGGGGGCCCCAGAGAAGAUCGCCUCCCUCUGUCUGCAGGAUACAGUUCCUCACGAGUUUCAAGACAUUCUCCAUCGGUACACCAUUCAGGGCUACAGGGUUAUUGCUGUGGCCUACAAGAAACUGGAUCCCAAACUAACCUGGCAUCAGGCUCAGCGAAUCUCCAGGGAUAAAGUGGAAUUUGACAUGAAUUUUUUGGGGAUGAUUGUUCUACAGAACAAACUUAAGCAAAAGACAAAACCAGUAAUCCACAAGCUGAAGGAAGCUAAACUGAGAACAGUCAUGGUCACAGGUGACAUGAUUCAGACAGCUAUUAGUGUUGCAAGGAAUUGUGGGAUGGUUCCUCCCAAGGAUCGAGUGAUCAUUGUGGAGGCUUCUCCUCCGGAUGCCCACAAUCCGGCCAGUAUAAAGUGGGUUACCGCGGAAACUCCGGAUGAAGGCACUGAUCAAUACACCGACUCGGAUUACACUGAGGAUGUUCAUCUAGAUUUGGAUAAUCCUCACAAGAUGCAGAACUUUCACUUUGCUGUCAGUGGCCACUCCUUUGGAGUGCUUACUACUCACUUUCCUGAGUACAUACCGAGGGUAGUUGUGAAGGGGACAGUAUUUGCCAGGAUGUCUCCGGAUCAGAAGCUUCAGCUUAUUGAGGAUCUACAGAACAUAGGGUAUAAUGUCGGCAUGUGUGGAGAUGGUGCUAAUGAUUGUGAGGCCCUGAAGGCAGCCCACGCCGGAAUUUCUCUCUCGGAAGCUGAGGCCUCUGUGGCAGCUCCAUUCACUUCACGCAUCCCAAAUAUAGAGUGUGUCCUACAGGCCAUGAGGGAGGGAAGGGCAGCUCUGGUGACGUCGUUUGGAUGCUUUAAGUACAUGGCUCUCUACAGCUUUAUACAGUUUGUCUCUGUUCUCAUUCUCUACACAUUUGAUGCUAACUUAGCAGACAUGCAGUUCCUGUAUGUGGACUUAGUCAUCACAACCAGUGUAGCUGUACUUAUGGGAUAUUCUAGUUCCUACGAUAAACUGGUUCCCCAGCGACCGCCAGGAAGUCUUGUGAAGCCUAGCAAUCUUCUGUCAAUCAUCUCACAAGUUCUCCUCGUCAUCGUCUUUCAGAUCGCUGCCUUCCUCUAUCUUCACUUCCAACCAUGGUACAAACCGGUAAAGAAGGAUCUAAAUGCUGACAAUACUUAUUGCUGGGAAACGUCUGUGAUAUUUCUAGUCUCUACAUAUCAAUAUAUAGCAUCAGCUUUCGUCUUCUCAAAAGGGCCGCCCUUUAGACAACCAAUAUACAAAAAUGUGCCUUUUCUCCUCACCCUCUGUGUCUUAUUCGCCUUCUCCACAUACAUGCUUAUGUUGCCGUUCAGUCCAAUAUUGAAGUUUUUUGCCGUGAUGCCACUCGGAGAGAGGACGGUGGAGUUUCGCUCCGUGCUGCUGGCUUUAUCUGUGGGAUUUAUAUUUGCUGCAUGCCUUCUAGAGUACUUGAUCAUGGAUGUCAAGUGUACACAGAAAUGUCUCGAGUCCUGUUCUAACUGCUGUGGCCAAGGAAACAAUAAAGACCACUAUAAAGAAAUUCAAAAUGAAAUACAGCUCAGUGAUUGGCCACCUGUUGGUCAGGUGACAUACGCUGCCUUAAAUGAGCCUCAUAUUCAAAUAGAGGAGGACUUUUUCAGGUCACAAGGUGAAAUAUUAGUAAAUUGAUGUAGAGAAACUGUAGGGACCAAAUUUGGGUAUAUGUAUUUAAUGGUGAUAUUAUCUACAAUUAAUAUUCAGAGUCUUCCAGCAAUCACACAUAUCGAUGCCAUGUCAAAGCACUGUAGAAUAAUGAAAUGUCUUUAUAUUUACUAGUAUUUUCUCCAUUACCAGUAUAUUACUAUGAGAGCAUAAUACAUAGUUUAUUUAUUUCUUGUAAUGUAAUGUAAUUUUGUUUUGUGUUUGUGGACUUACACUAUGUGUAUUUCUUGUAAUGUAAUGUAAUUUUGUUUUGUGUUUGUGGGCUUACACCAUGUGUAUUUCCUGUAAUAUAAUGUAAUUUUGUUUUGUGUAUGUGGGCUUAAUUACACUAUGUGUAUUUCUUGUAAUGUAAUGUAAUUUUGUUUUGUGUAUGUGGGCUUACACCAUGUGUAUUUCCUGUAAUAUAAUGUAAUUUUGUGUAUGUGGGCUUACACCAUGUGUAUUUCCUGUAAUAUAAUGUAAUUUUGUUUUGUGUAUGUGGACUUACACAAUGUGUAUAAUACAUCAAGUAGAGGCAUUUGAGCAAAUUCAUUUGAAAUUAAUUUGCCCUCUCAUUAUCCUACAAUACCUGGUAGUGUUUGGUAUUUGUUUACUAUAUUGUUUACUGUGUAAAUUAUUGAAGAAGUCUGUAGAAUGUGAUUCAUUGUGUGUACAUUAUAUGUGAGUAGAAUUGAAAUGCUGUACAGCAGGUUUUUUUCCACAGGUGUCAAUUUUGGGGAUUAAUCCGAUUUUCCACCUCCCAGGUCAUACAAAUAAUUUUCACGUAGUAUAUUUUGGUGGGCAUGGAGUUCCAACACAUAAAAAAUUGACAUAAAAUAUAACCCAGUGGUUUAUUUACCUCCCAGAUCAAAGAGUGCUACAUGAACCGUUGUCAUAAAACUAACUGCUAUACAGAGUUAUCUUUCUUGUAAAAAUAUGUAUUAUGGUUGCAGGUAUUUAGCUAUUAAAAAUUUGGUGGCAUGAUACCACAUUGCUAAAAUAAGCCGAAAUUAUCACCUGCGAAUAAAAACCAGCUGUGUGUUACAUGUGAUGUGUAGUUAUGUUUUCUAUGAAGACAGAGGAGAUACAACCUGCAUUAUAGAUUUUUCCAGGACUUAAAUGUUGGGCAUUACAGAGGUUUAUACAAAGAAUAGUCAUGAGUAUUCUACAGGGAACUGUUGUGUGAUUUCUGUAUUUGUUUCGUGUUGAAGGAUUCACAAGCAUGUUAGGAACAAAAUGUUGUUUAUUUGUAUGAACCUUUUAAAAAAUGAACAUAUACUGUGUAAAGCCUUUAAUUCUAUCAGAUCAAAAUCAUUCCAUGUCUUAAAGAAGAUAUUUAAUUUGUCUCGCACUCAAUACUCAGCCAUUUUAUGUUGUGUUUUUGUGGUCUGGAAAUGACAAACAAAUGUGUAGACCAGACCAUGGCAACUAUUUGUUUGUGAAAAUAUGAAUAUAAAUACAUAUAUUUGAUAUAUUUCCAAUGUUUUUGCCAUUGAUAUCUCUACAAAUUGUAAUGAUAGUCAUUUCCUCAUCAAUAUGUGUUGUAGUUGUAAACAAUGCACAUAUGAACCACGGUAAAUAUAGUACGUCUAUUUUGAUAGCUGGGAAAUCUGAUAGAAAUGAAAGUAGAGGGUAAAAUAUGAAAAAUAAAAUAAAAUGCAUGAGAAUAUGAACUUAUAACGCUUCAUGCUGGCGUACUUUUCACGAAGUACCAACAUGCGUCAUGAAUAGUAUGCUGGUAUGACGAGUCACACAUUUCGUACCCUCGCAUAUUUUCAAACAUGAAAUUUAUUACUUAUAUGGGUAUUUAGAGAUUGAGGUGUUUAUUUCUAAAGGCAUCGACAUGACUACCGAUUUACUCGUAUGAUUGACUUUAUUUUGCCUCGGACCAGAGUGCCCCUCAUUAGUUAAAACGUGUCACAUGAUAUCAGGCUCUAUUUCUAAAGAUGAUCUGCAGUAACAAAAACAUAGACGGCAAAAUGGAUAAUGCUGCAGAUAUUUACUAAAGAUUUUAUGAAUUGAUUAAUUAGUGUUAUGUUUUGAAUUGAGAUUAGCUUCCCAUUAUUUUCAGGACAUAUUUGUUUGUUUACAAUUCAAACACUGCAGAUAAUAGUUGGAGUGGAUGUGUUUUUACUUUUUUUUUUUAAUAUAUUAUGCUACAGAAUGUAUUUGUGACUGGCGAUAAGGCCCACAACAAAAACAGCAAAUCAUUGUUCUGUUUGUUGCCGACUGUCUCGUGAUACAGAAAUACAUUAGUGUUCAGGGGCGUGAUCGACCCAGUAUAUUUCUGUAGAUGUCGAGUAGUACAGAAAUUAACAGGGUUUAUCAAGUGUUCUGGACCCAACUGCACAAAGGUUAGUUAACUUUAACUAACAGUUAACUUGUCAUUAACUCUUACAUUUAUACAGUGAUAACUAGAUUUUAACUGUCCGUUAAACUUGACCAAUUUUUGUGCAAUUGGGUCCAGGAGUGUGAUCAACCUAAUAUGUUUUCAUAGACAGUCAGUAACAAACCAAAUUUUAUAUCAAGAUUUAAUACAUGUUCAUGCAGCAAUACAUCAAAGAUGUGUAUUUAAUUUGUCAGUAUUUGUUAUCAAUGAACUGUUGGGAGAAUUAAAAUUUGAAAAUA